AUGCAGUUCUCUAUCAUCCUCGCUCUCGCCGCCAGCGCCUCCGCCGCCACCCUUCAGAGGCGCCAGGCUCAAACCUACCCCAUUGCAGACUUCUCCGCUGACUGCAUCCCGCAUAGCAACUACUGCUCUCACAGCUACAACUUCACGGUGAACUCGGACCCGUCCCUGUCCCCGAGCCACUGCUCCGCCUUCGUGCAAGGCCCAGACCAGCUGCCCGCCGUAGAGGAGGGAACCUGCUCCGACAACGUGGGCUACACGUGGUCCAUCGAGCCCACGUCGGAUGGCGGUCUCGACUUCGCCAUCUGGUACGCGUUCAACGCCCGAUCCAACAUCACGUAUUGCGCCUCCAUCCCCGCCAGCCAGAUCACGACCGAGACCGACGGCACUGCCAACACGCAGCACUACACUGGACCUAAGAACUUGACGGCUUCUAUUUCCGAGUGCCCGGCUUAA